UCUGAAUAUACCUCUAUCAAUUUGAUGUUGAAGGUAGGUAUAAAUAUAGGUAUGUGCAUUACGGUCAAUUCAGGUGGGCCGUAGAGGCUGACACUCCCCACACGCCCUAUAACCCCUGUAAGUAAGGUAGCGAUUGACCUGCAUGUAGGUAGGUAGGCAGGCGAGGUAGGCAUUGAUGCUGUCAAGUCAGAGAUGGUGGUGAGGUGGGUGGUAGUAAACAACUUUUGGUUCGACCACGGAUACCAGAACCCCCUCCAUCAAUUUUCCAUCAUUUCCCAUCCCCGAAAGUUCGCCAGAGAGUUACAAGCACAUUCGUCUUCACCUAGAAAUCCUCACAGAUUGCGGUUUCCCACUAUUCACGCGCUCUCGUCUCCCCUACAUACGCACCGCACCCACUUACACCGAUGUCGAGACCCUCGACAGCGCGUCGACAGCUCUACUUCGCCUAUGGCAGCAACCUCUGGCUGGAACAGAUGGCGACGCGAUGCCCACACAGCUACUAUGUCGGACGCGCUGUCUUACCCGACUACCGCUGGCUCAUUAACGAAAGGGGGUUCGCCAAUAUCGUCCCCGCCAGUGGCUAUACGGUCCAUGGUCUAGUAUACGAGCUAGGUGUUGGUGAUGAGCCCCGUCUAGACAGAAGCGAGGGUGUGUCCAAGGGCGUCUACUCAAAGGAUUACCUUCCCCUUCUCCUACAUCAGGCCCCGAGGGCACUACAGAUAUCGACCCAGUCGCUAGCAGAAGACGGCAGUCUGGAGCGGGCAAUCGGCGCCUCACAACUGCAGAUGACGUCGGGUAGAAAACGCAGAGCCUAUCUCCAACCUAGGGUGCUGGUCUACAUAAGUUAUGAUUUCGUUGCCCCUGGUGACCCUCGGACUGAAUACACCGACCGCAUGAACUACGGCAUCAGAGACGCCGCCACCAUGGGCGUCCCGGAAGAUUAUUUCCAAAAUGCUCUGUACCCUCUGCUCGGAACCCGGCCGGCCGUGCACAACGUUACCCGUCGACAGUCUCUGCGUGCCCCUGGUGGCCCAGCUUUACCUCCACCAAAAACACGGAGUCGGUCCACCAGUUACCCACGCAAGGAAAUCGGAGGAGUCAGCUCAUCAGGUACCCGCAUAAGGAAAUCGGAGAAGUCGGUCUACCAGCUACCCACGCGAGAGUCCAACACCAGAAUAUGGGAGAUAGUGGAGCUGUGAUUAUAUAGCGCCCGGAGGGAAUUCACUACUGGACCGGUGGCAUGGUCGCCAGUUCUCCCCUGCCCUAGGCGGCUGAGCCCAGCAGGGAUGCAAGAAACCCGUAGGAAGUAGUGCGGACUACAAGGACAUAUGGAAAAUAUGGAAUGGGAUAAGAUGAGUCAUACGAUAGGUCACGAGGAGUUAGGGAGCUGAUUUUUCUGUAUUUAUACGAGCGACGCGAUGCCGUCACGACGAAGCCGAAGACCCAGGCAGCAUGCGAUUUACAUUCUUUUUCUCUGGGUCGGUAGACUAUACAAGCCUUGAGCCAUUAAUCCAGGACUAAUACUCUAGGUGGAAUGCCUUAAAAGAAAAGGGUCUGGCCUGGUUUGGUCACGAAACGGGUCUACGGAUAACCCUUGAACUUCUAUUGUGACCUGAAAUCACUUCAAUAGUUAAGGAGGGCUCGUGUCGUAUUAUUGGACAUGUUUAUGCCGUAGUUAUGCCUAACAAACUUAGCACUGCAU